AUGGUCAAUGAAUACUUGAGGAGUGAGACUGCCUUUCUGGAAGAGUUGGUGUUCGGAAGUGGAGAUACCAUUGAACUCUCCUGUAACACUCAAGGCUCUUCCAUGUCUGUUUUCUGGUUUAAAGAUGGUAUUGGGAUUGCACCUACCAACCGAACUCAUAUUGGACAAAAACUGUUGAAGAUAAUCAAUGUGUCUUACGAUGACUCAGGGCUGUACAGCUGCAAGCGGAGGCAUUCCAAUGAGGUCCUGGGGAACUUUACAGUCAGAGUAACAGAUUCUCCUUCGUCAGGUGAUGAUGAAGAUGAUGAUGAUGAAUCAGAAGAUACAGGUGUCCCCUUCUGGACCCGGCCAGAUAAGAUGGAGAAGAAGCUGCUAGCCGUUCCCGCGGCCAACACAGUUCGCUUCCGUUGCCCGGCAGGCGGAAACCCAACUCCAUCGAUUUACUGGCUGAAAAAUGGCAAAGAGUUCAAGGGCGAGCACAGGAUCGGGGGCAUCAAAUUGCGACACCAGCAGUGGAGUUUGGUGAUGGAAAGUGUUGUCCCAUCAGACCGAGGAAACUACACCUGUGUUGUGGAGAACAAAUAUGGCAACAUUAGGCACACAUACCAACUGGAUGUAUUAGAACGGUCACCCCACCGACCAAUCCUGCAAGCGGGGCUUCCCGCUAACCAGACUGUGGUGGUCGGCAGCAACGUGGAGUUUCACUGCAAGGUCUACAGUGAUGCCCAGCCUCACAUCCAGUGGCUGAAACACGUGGAAGUCAACGGCAGCAAGUACGGGCCUGAUGGGACGCCCUAUGUCACGGUGCUGAAGACGGCAGGUGUUAACACAACGGAUAAGGAGCUAGAGAUUCUGUACUUGCGAAAUGUUACUUUUGAGGAUGCUGGGGAAUAUACUUGUCUCGCAGGGAAUUCUAUUGGGUUCUCACAUCACUCUGCUUGGCUGACGGUUCUACCAGCAGAGGAGCUCAUGGAAAUGGAUGACUCGGGCUCGGUGUACGCCGGCAUUCUCAGUUACGGCACUGGCUUUGUUCUCUUCAUCCUGGUGCUGCUCAUUGUGAUUAUCUGCAGGAUGAAAAUGCCAAACAAAAAAGCCAUGAACACACCCACUGUACAGAAAGUCUCCAAAUUUCCACUCAAGAGACAGGUGUCACUGGAGUCCAACUCUUCCAUGAACUCCAAUACGCCCCUGGUCAGGAUCACGCGCCUCUCCUCCAGCGAAGGGCCAAUGCUGGCUAACGUCUCGGAGCUGGAGUUGCCUCCUGAUCCCAAGUGGGAGCUGGCACGAUCUCGCCUGACCUUGGGGAAGCCACUUGGAGAAGGGUGUUUUGGCCAGGUGGUGAUGGCAGAAGCGAUUGGGAUUGAUAAGGACAAGCCAAACAAGGCCAUCACGGUGGCUGUCAAGAUGUUAAAAGAUGAUGCUACUGACAAGGACCUGUCCGAUCUGGUCUCUGAGAUGGAAAUGAUGAAAAUGAUUGGGAAACACAAAAACAUCAUUAACCUCCUCGGUGCCUGCACGCAGGACGGACCCCUCUACGUGUUGGUGGAGUACGCGUCGAAAGGGAACUUGCGGGAAUACCUCAGGGCACGUCGCCCACCCGGCAUGGACUAUUCUUUCGAUACCUGCAAGCUGCCAGAAGAGCAGCUAACAUUUAAGGACCUGGUUUCCUGUGCCUACCAGGUGGCCCGUGGCAUGGAGUACUUGGCAUCUCAGAAAUGCAUUCAUCGCGACUUGGCAGCCAGGAACGUGCUAGUCACUGAAGACAAUGUGAUGAAAAUAGCUGAUUUUGGCCUCGCUAGAGAUGUUCACAACAUCGACUAUUACAAGAAAACCACCAAUGGUCGGCUGCCUGUGAAAUGGAUGGCUCCAGAAGCAUUGUUCGACCGGGUCUACACUCACCAGAGCGAUGUCUGGUCUUUUGGAGUGCUGCUAUGGGAGAUCUUUACCCUGGGAGGGUCUCCGUACCCGGGAAUUCCUGUCGAGGAACUCUUCAAGCUCUUGAAAGAAGGCCAUCGGAUGGACAAACCCGCCAACUGCACUCACGACCUGUACAUGAUCAUGAGGGAGUGCUGGCAUGCAGUGCCAUCACAGCGGCCCACCUUCAAGCAGCUGGUGGAAGAUCUGGACAGGGUCCUCACCGUGACGUCCGCCGAUGAGUACCUGGACCUGUCGAUGCCCUUCGAGCAGUAUUCGCCGGCUUGCGAGGACACUCACAGUACCUGCUCCUCGGGGGACGACUCCAUCUUUGCACAUGACCUCCCGCCCGACGAGCCGUGCCUCCCCAAGCACCCGCAGUGCAACGGCGUCGUCAGGACGUGAGGGCCGCCACGCG